AUAUAGAGAAAAAGAGUCAUUUGAAAAGCAUCAAGAAUGUUUUUCAAAUGAUCAGAAUAGAAGGCUUCAAAAAAGAGUAACAGAAACUGCCCAAGAAUGUGAGUCACAUCUUGCUCGAGAUAGAGAAAGAAAAUGUCGUAAAGCAAGAACAAAUGCUAAUUUACAGCAAGAAUCAGAACGACCCGUAAUAUCAGUAAAUAUAGAAAGCAUAUAUCCAAUUAGUGAAAAUAUUUUUACUUCAUCUCAAAUUAAAAAUAUUGAUAAUAUAUCUGAAAAUGAAGAGAUUAUUAUAGCUACAUUUCAAAAUGAUAAUAUUGCAGAAAUAAAUAUUGAUACAUUUAUUUAUCAGGCAAGAACAGAAAGAGAUGAAAAUAGAGUUAUAGAUACUGUUGAUUAUCAAACAUUAAAUAAAAAUCAACAAAAG